UGUCAGGACCUCUGCCGAAGAUGCUUGCUGACCCUGGCCAGACCCCGGUUCCUAAUGCCCCCCAAACGGGAGGGGAGCCAGUGGCGGGCCCUGAUCCAGUUCAGAGCUGGCUCUGCUUUCUCUUUUGUCCGAGUGACUGUGCCUGUUUCCUCAUUUGUAAAACAGGAGCCCACCAUGAUGCUUGUGGUGGGAUGAGAUCAGCAUGGAUGGAACAAGGCCCUGGAAGGGCCCAUGCCAUCGUCAUCGACAGCAAAGCCACUCUGCAGACAGAUGCUUCAGUGAAUUGGUAGAAAAUUCUGCAACCAGAAUGCCUAGGGCUCCUGAGGGCCUAAGCCCAGCCCUGGGCUCUGGAAGCCGCUCUGACUUCUUGGGAGUGGAAGUUGGCAGGACUCUUCCUGGGAAGAAACUGAGGGUGGGGAUGAGAGGACAGUUCAGGAGCCCACCCAGACCCACAGGAGGAAACUAGGGGAGUCAUGCGGGGUCCUGGUGGAGCACCAGCCUCCCUUCCUGCCCAUGGGAAAUGCAGGCGCCCACCUCAUGGUGCUGCCGGAGGAGGGGGCCCAGGACUCCCCAGAGGCUUCGCUGAAGGGCCUGGGUGCCCCCGAAGGCUACAUGUUUCAUAUGGGACGUGCCACCCGCCACGGCUCAGCUCCAGCUUUCUGUGAGUGGCGAGAUAGAAUACGGGGAGGCCACUGGCCAUGGGCCUGGGACAGGGUGGGAUGAGGUGGCAGGCUUGGGCCCCCAAAGCCAGCAUCGCCACCCAGCAUUGAUGACAAAGACUGUGUGUCUGCCAUGAGCAUCCUGCUGUUGGUGCAUACACCGCAUUGGUCUCUCCAUACAAACAUGCCUAGAGGCGAUGUCGGAGGGUGGAGACCAGGAGAGGCAGGAGUCAGACAUCUGGUGCCACCAGGAAGGCCCCUCUCAGAGGACCGGGCUGUGCAUGGUGCCCGCCAUGGGAGGCCAGCCUGGCGUUGGCAUCCAGCAUCAUCAGUUUGUGCAGUUGGGUGGGGCUCAGUGAGUGCCUCCUGUGUGCCAGGCACAAUGAUGCACAAUGUGUGCACACCAGGCUCACGUGCAGGUGGCUGCGAGACAGGGCGACCCAUCAAGGCAGACGCACCAUGAGGCAGUGGCCAGUGCUGUGGGUUUUAGGGGCGUUGCUUCCCGGCCACUACGGCAUAGCAGGCAGUGACCGCCACACUGGCCAAGCUUUAGACCAUUUAUUCCAGAGACCCCAGAGGCAAAAGUCCCGGCUGCACCUCCCAGUGACUCCCACAGCCAUUGAGCAGAGACGCUCAGGACCUUGUGACGGGAGGUUUCUGCGCUGGAGAACGAGCCCAGAAGCCCUCUCAGCCUCGGAACAGUGUGGCCAGUGGUGGGCAGGUCAGGAGGGGCUUCAGACACAGCCUGUCCCUCCAGAUGGUCACGGGAAGGUCACUCCCCACAGAAAACAGAAAGUCCCCACACCCGCGGCCCUGGUGACUGAUGAGGAUGAGGUUCCGCGGGGCCUCUCUGGCCGCCCAGCUCUGCCUGGGGAAGGUGGGGCCAGAGUGGAUGUGUUCCCAGCGUGGUCACUCCCCUGCCUCGCCAGCAGGUCUCGGCUCCAAUCAGGAGGCCUAAGCCAAGUGAUAAGCAGCCGGACAACAGCCAUCCCAGCUGGGGCGUGGACUUUGCUCCAGCAGCCUGUCCCAGUGAGGACAGGGACACAGUACUCGGCCACACCAUGGGGCGCCCACUGCACCUCGUCCUGCUCAGUGCCUCCCUGGCUGGCCUCCUGCUGCUCGGGGAAAGUCUGUUCAUCCGCAGGGAGCAGGCCAACAACAUCCUGGCGAGGGUCACGAGGGCCAAUUCCUUUCUUGAAGAGAUGAAGAAAGGACACCUCGAAAGAGAGUGCAUGGAAGAGACCUGCUCAUACGAAGAGGCCCGUGAGGUCUUUGAGGACAGCGACAAGACGAAUGAAUUCUGGAAUAAAUACAAAGAUGGCGACCAGUGUGAGACCAGUCCUUGCCAGAACCAGGGCAAAUGUAAAGAUGGCCUCGGGGAAUACACCUGCACCUGUUUAGAAGGAUUCGAAGGCAAAAACUGUGAAUUAUUCACACGGAAGCUCUGCAGCCUGGACAACGGGGACUGUGACCAGUUCUGCCACGAAGAACAGAACUCUGUGGUGUGCUCCUGCGCCCGCGGGUACACCCUGGCUGACAACGGCAAGGCCUGCAUUCCCACAGGGCCCUACCCCUGUGGGAAACAGACCCUGGAACGCAGGAAGAGGUCAGUGGCCCAGGCCACCAGCAGCAGCGGGGAGGCCCCUGACAGCAUCACAUGGAAGCCGUAUGAUGCAACCGACCUGGACCCCACCGAGAACCCCUUCGACCUGCUUGACCUCAACCAGACGCAGCCUGAGAGGGGCGACAACAACCUCACCAGGAUCGUGGGAGGCCAGGAAUGCAAGGACGGGGAGUGUCCCUGGCAGGCCCUGCUCAUCAAUGAGGAAAACGAGGGGUUCUGUGGUGGAACGAUUCUGAGCGAGUUCUACAUCCUAACGGCAGCCCACUGUCUCUACCAAGCCAAGAGAUUCAAGGUGAGGGUAGGGGACCGGAACACGGAGCAGGAGGAGGGCGGUGAGGCGGUGCACGAGGUGGAGGUGGUCAUCAAGCACAACCGGUUCACAAAGGAGACCUAUGACUUCGACAUCGCCGUGCUCCGGCUCAAGACCCCCAUCACCUUCCGCAUGAACGUGGCACCUGCCUGCCUCCCCGAGCGCGACUGGGCCGAGUCCACGCUGAUGACGCAGAAGACGGGGAUUGUGAGCGGCUUCGGGCGCACCCACGAGAAGGGCCGGCAGUCCACCAGGCUCAAGAUGCUGGAGGUGCCCUACGUGGACCGCAACAGCUGCAAGCUGUCCAGCAGCUUCAUCAUCACCCAAAACAUGUUCUGUGCCGGCUACAACACCAAGCAAGAGGAUGCCUGCCAGGGGGACAGCGGGGGCCCGCACGUCACCCGCUUCAAGGACACCUACUUCGUGACAGGCAUCGUCAGCUGGGGAGAGGGCUGUGCCCGUAAGGGGAAGUACGGGAUCUACACCAAGGUCACCGCCUUCCUCAAGUGGAUCGACAGGUCCAUGAGAACCAGGGGCUUGCCCAAGGCCAACAGCCAUGCCCCGGAGGUCGUAACGUCCUCUCCAUUAAAGUGAGAUCCCACUCAA